GUUGCAGCAGCAGCUAGGAGCCAGCAGCAGCAGCAGCAGCAGCAGCAGCAGCAGCAGCAGCAGCAGCAGCAGCAGCAGCAGCAGCAGCAGCAGCAGCAGCAGCAGCAGCAGCAGCAGCAGCAGCAGCGGCAAGGAGCCAACAGCAGCAGCAGCUGCUAG